UGCAUUAGACCUAAGUCAGUGUUUUCCCUGCUAUACUCCUACCCACAGUAUGGGAUGUUAAGAUCAAAGGAAUGAGACCUAGGGCAAAAAUUGGGGCAGCAGGGAGGCAUUGCAACAACUGGGAGGUUUUCCAAGUUGGCAAAUUUACAUUGUUAUUUCUGGACAGAAAUAAAAGAUUCCCUAUGUUCUUAUGGAUAUCAAGGAGGAAAAACAUAUCAACACUGCACUGCAGGUUAGCAGUUUCAGGACAGCCUUGAAAGGGUUUGAAAGAUUGGUUGAACACCUAGCAGCCCAGAAAAGAGAUGAAAGAGCUGGCUUGUUUACCCAAAAAGAAGACGCAAUUGACUAUGACAAGUUUUACAGGAUGGUACAGGAACUCUUUGGUCCAGAAGUGAAGAGUCAAGAUGUGAAAUGCUUUUAUAGGAAGCUCUGCAACAAUCCAGAUGCAUCUAUAGACUGGUGUGAGAUCUUUGGCUACUUUUCCUCUGAAGAAGAUUCUCUUAUUAGCCAAAUGGAUGAAGAAAAUUUGGUUUUCCUCGUUUCUAGAAAACAGCGAGUUGUAAUUUCAGGGAGUAGAAGACGGGAUGUGAUUAAGUGCAUUGUCAAGAUUCCUCAGUUGGAUUUACUAAUAACAGCUUCUCAGAAAGGAAUGAUAACAGUCUUUAAUAGCCAGAUGAAAGUUCAGACCAGUACCAAUGUCACAGAUACCUCCUGGAUUACAGGAUGUGAUUACCUCUCACAGCUGAAACGAAUUGUUGCUACUACUGAAAGGACCAUUAUUGUCUGGGAUUAUAAAGCUCAAGGGAGCAGCCAGGAAAACUAUUUUGUCAUAAAACCUAUGGAUCAUUGCCUCCUCUGUGUGUGUGUAGUGUCUUUGCCUGACCAGCUCUGCCGAGAUGACAUCCUAUUGGGGGAUGAUGGUGGUUUUGUGAGCAAAUUCACAGUAAAUAGUGAAGACUUUGGAUUAAAGCAGGCAAAAUCAAGAAAAAGAUUACAGAAUCAAGUCUUAGACUCAAAGAACUUCAAAAGUGUUAAAAGGAAGCUACAUAAUGACUGGGUUAUGAAAAUUAGAUAUAUUUCAGCCUUAAAUUGCUUUGGAUCCUGCUCCUUAGACAGCGUUCAUUCAUUAGUUUUGGAAUCCUUGAAGAGAAUUGAGGAUAAUUUGCCUGUCAGAGAGUUUUCCAUGCCAAGAGGAGCAAACACUUUCUGUUACUGUAUAAAAGCAAACGUGAUUAUCACUGGAGGAGAUGAUAAAGUGCUCCGGUUGUGGCACCCCAACAUCAGCACCAAGCCAGUGGGGAAACUUGUGGGGCACAUGUUCAGUAUCACCGAGAUUGUGACAAAUGAGAAAGAGCAACAUGUUAUCAGCCUUUCUUCUGCGAAGGUUUUCAGAGUAUGGGAUAUACAGACUCUUUCAUUAUUACAAGUGUUCCACGAUAGCCAGGGAGGACCAGGAGACAUGCAGAUUUACUGUAUGAUAUUUGAUCCCAGUCAUCGCGUGCUUAUUACAGGAUCUAGUGUUAUGGACAUGUAUCCUUUAACUAGGAUGAUACAAGAUACAAAACAGGUCCCUCACACCCAUGAACGAGAAAUCAAUGUCAUGCUUUACAACAAAUAUUUUCACCAAGUACUUACCAUCUGCUCUGAGUCCAUAAUUAAGGUAUGGGAACUUGAAACUGGCAUCCAAAUAUACCAGAUUUUAGACCCUCAUGGCUUCAAUGUUGAACUGACUGCUGCAGCUAUCAGUGACAGUGGAUUUCUUUUUGCCACGGGAGCAUAUAAUGGAACAGUUAAAAUCUGGGACUUUGGCAGUGGACAAGAGUUGAAGGUGUUACCAGAAGGGAAAGACUGGAAAGAGGAAGAGCACUGGCUACAACGCCUGAUUUUCCUGAAAGCUCAAGAAAAAUACCAAUACUUGCUCCUCUCUUUGGAGCGCAACGGAAAGAUCAAAAUGAUCCAGGGUAAAGAAGAUGAUAUUUACCUUGCGGUGAUAUGGGAGCUGCCUGAUGUUGUGCCUGUCCUACAAAAUGGGAAUCGUAUUGUGCAUCUAAGUGUGUCUACUAAAGAUAGGAGCAUGGCUAUUCCCUUCCCAGAUGUGGAGUUGAUAGUUGAGAAAAACUUUUCUCAACGUGUUGGU